GAUCAGGGGACUUGACAUGUCAUCAAAACAGACAAUAUAUCAUCCCGCAGUGUCGAAUGGAAAAGGAAAAAAAGUAAAAUUUUAAAAUAUUUCUCCUUCCUCUUCUGUCUUCAUGAAGGCAUGUGAGGCAUGUUGUGUAGCAAAGGUCCUGUCUCAUAAUCCCCUACCUACAUCAUCUUCACCUGAGGUCUCCAUGACCACCCCGACCAUGGCAUUUGGAGGCCAACCUCCUCCACAGCUGCAGCCACAACCACCUCAGCAGGUACAGGCAGCGCGGGAUGUCAACACUGCCACGCUCUGUCGUAUUGGCCAGGAGGCGGUCCAAGACAUCGUCCUGAGGACGAUGGAGAUCUUCCAGCUGCUGAGAAACAUGCAGCUGCCAAAUGGAGUUACAUACCACCCAAACACUCAUCAAGACAGGCUGGGAAAACUUCAGGAGCAUCUGAAGAUGCUCUCUAUGCUGUUCCGCAAGCUGCGGCUCGUCUACGAUAAAUGCACAGAAAACUGCUCUGGCUUGGAUCCUAUUCUACCUGAGCAACUGAUACCUUUUGUGGAGGACGACAAACACGAGGAUCGCUCCACCAGCCAGGGCCGGCAGACGGCCGAGGAGAGGAGAGAGGUUUUGGAGGUCACCAAGCAACCUACCCUGGAGCAGUACUGUCAUUCCGUGGGGAAACUGUACAGUGUUAUCCAUGUGGGCUCAAAGGAUCGACAGACGGCGGUUCAAAGGUUCCAAUUAAGUUCAGCUACAUAGGCUCCUUCACACAUGGCGCUUUCUGAUAUCUGAGACGUGUAAUACCGAUGUCUGAUAAGUACACAGUCAGUUUUUUUCCUGCUCAGGAAAACAUUACUUCUUCUUGUCAGUAGCACUGUAGGACUGUAUCAUAUGUGCCGAAUUAGAGCAACCACGGAGACUGGUGCACCCUAGAGGUGAAGCUUCAAAAUAUUAUUUUUAAUUAACCCAGUGACGCCAUGUUGUAACUGAAUGCACCGCAUUCUUCUUGAUUAUUUCCAGGCUUAUGCCUGCUGCAUUCCACUCACUAAGUCGUGAAUAAGUCACGUAACUACAUUUUGUCUAGACUCGUGUAGCUGAGUUUAGAAUAUUGAAUACAGUGUUGUGCUACAUGAGUGGUUUCUUACACUUGGUUAAGUUUAUUUCGUUGUAAUUUGCGAGGUGAAUCCAAACCAUGUCCUCACCGAAUGUGUGGAUUACUUUUUCCCUCAUGAGGCGAGCAUGAGUGGAAUGUAUGUGUAAAGUAGUGUGACAAAGCGUAAAGGAGAGGAGGGAAGCUGCAGAAAUUGGACACAUAUUUUGGUUGUAGCACCGAUUCAGACAUGCCAACUCUGACAGCACAAUUUGGGAGCCAGAUUAACAGGUACAAUGGCUACACUAUGACAGAGGGUGAGUAAGAUGUAAACGGUCCAUGUGGUUGUGAAUGGACAGCACCUCCUGCCAAUUGCUGCUGGUGUAUCUGACCAGGAGGCCUUGCCUUCAGGGAGGUGUCUUUUCCCUGCUGAUCUUCUAGCAUCUGAACAAACCCACACAAAUUGACCUAAAAUGAUGCAUCCCGCAUGCCUGAGCUUCAUGUGGCAUUGUAAUAGGAUCGCAGUAAAAAGAGAGGACGGCAUGGUGCACACAUGGUGCGAAACGGUGACUAGGGUGAGCAGUUAUUCCAGACAUUAGAGAGUGGCCUUGGAUUGUGGUGCUGGGGUAGAUACUGUAUAUGCUGGAGCUCUAUGUACCGUAUUUCUAUUCGAUUCAAGUUCUUGUAUGAUUCUGGUUAAACUUGUGUUUGUUGCUGGCUUCACUGUUAAGCAUGUGGUUCUCACUGUUUUAUGAACAAUGAUGUUCUUCUCAUACUGAAACAGAAGCCGCAGAGUUGGUGUUGAUAUUACCAAUCAGCUCAUCAACCUCUGCCAAAUGAGAGGUGUUCUGUUCCCUGGUUUGGUCGUAUAGAUGAAAAUGCAAAACCAGCGUUUUGAAAGAACACUCAGGGACCCGGUUUCAUAAAGUUGUGGUUCCACUGACUGAAAAGGAUUGCUGGACCAAAGGUCUUUCUUGUGCUGGUAUGAUUGUCUCUGUGUCUUUUUUAGAUUGGAUUCCAAAACACUUUAGAUACCAGAAAUACACAAAUACUGUACUGAGGACCACGUACCUGAGUCAAUCAAAAUAUGCUUGUUUUGACAGCAGUUUUAAAGUUCAUAAAUAAUAAAAACUUAACUUUAGUCAGUUAUGGUUAUUAAUGGUGUGUUACCCAAAAAAUGAUGGGCAACCAGGUGUAUGUAACUUGUGUAGGAGGAACACAUUUACUGAAGCACGGAACGGCAUUUAAGCAGAGAAAAACAAUUUGCUUUAUACAGAACACACUGUGUAUACAAUCCCAGAUGUCAUAAACUCAAGUCUCUAUGGUUACUGCCACUGUUGAAAUAUUACAUUGCUCUAAGGUAAUACAAACCCUUAUCAAGCGUUUAAAGUUAGGAAAAGGUCACUUAUUAUUUUCAUCUGUAGCUUGACUUUGACACAUCAUUGAGCUCCAAAACAAUGAAAUAAUAGCAUCGUUUUCAUCUGCAUCUGUUUCAUCUCUAAGUGGCUGAACAAGGGAGCAGGCACUUGAGAAUGAAAGUAAUUUUGUUCUAUUAGAGUCCAGUGUAUGGAGGUGAUAAAUAACCUUGUUUGUAAUGCGACCUUCUCCCUAUGCAUAGCAUUUGCAUGCAAAUUGAGUUCUGUCAAAUGCUCCAAGUAUAUGGAGAUUGAGAAGACAGGCUACAAAAAUUCACUCUCUGCAGGGUUUCCUUUAUACAUCACCCGAGCUCACGCAGACAUAAAUAAGGAGCCGGUGAGAAAUAUUGCUCAUUAGGUGCUCACAGUAGCCAGACCUGGCCGCAGAAAGUGUGUAAUAUUGACAAUUAUAUUGAUUUGUUGCAUUGUUUCUACAGCCAUAGCCUCAUUAAUGCAUAAUAAAGGGAAUGAAAGCUUCUACUGCGGAUCGGAUGACAAACCACGUUUUAAAAAUUCCAGUAUUUUGAUCCAAGCGUUAGGUUUUUAGUCCUACCAAUAUCGCUAAUACAGUCCACCAUCUCUAAAUGUGUGGAUGCUUAUAAAUAUUGCUUAAAAAACACGAUGCCAUUGGAUGAAUGAUUGUAGGUUUUGCAUUAUAUAUCCUGUAUCAACUUGUAUGAACUAUAUUUUGAGCUUCCCUGAUCAUUCUAAAUUAGAAGAGUGUGCAUGACUGCUUUUGACACCUUAACUGAAUCCUCCUUUAUAAGUGAUUGUUAAAAAAAAAUGUUUGGUGGGUGAAAUAACUACAUAUCUGUGGUUAGUUUCUGAAUACAUAAAUUCCUCCUCCUCCUUCUUCACCUCAUUAGACGAGACAAUCUGGUUUUCUCCCAGAAUCGUACGUCUGCUGACGUUCAUCCAAUUGCCUUCUGUUUGCAUCAGUUUUUGACCACAGCCUGUUGAAAAGCUAAAGUAGAGCGCCGGUCUUUAUUUGCUAUGGUGUCGAUAUGCAUUUGGUGCACUUGAAAUGCAUUACAAUUUUUAUUUUGUGGUAACUGCACAUUUGUUAUGUGUUUAAUAAGGACCAUGCUGGCCAUAUUUGGUCUCGGGUUUCAUAUGUGCUGUAUGUAAUGGGACGUCUGCGUCAUCAUAGGACACAAAUCACUUGAUGAGAGUUGCUUUUUAACGCCUCGGGAGUGAGAAUUGAUUGAUAAUAAUGAAUUUAGACGUUUAUGUUGCAGGAUUUCCUGCCAGUGUUACUGCAGUGAGUCAUCCUGUUUAUGUCCUCAUUCUUCAUGGACCUCAUUGGUUGCCUUCCUUUCUUCCAUCUCCAACAUUCUUAGUCCAACACUCCUCUCCAUGUGUAUAGUCUGGCUUCCCUAACAUUGUCUGUGAACUUCUCCGCAUGUGCUGUCUCUCUGAAAUAAUCAUUUCUGAGUUCAUCUUUCCUGGUCAAAGGAGUACAGCUGAGGUGGUGAAAACAAUGAAAGUAUUUGCAUUAAUCAUACAGAAUAACAGAUGGAAGUGACGGGUAGUGAAGAGGGCAGCGCAGGCUGUGUGGAAAGGAUUUGGUCUGGUGGGGGAUCUCAGACAGUAGAGUAGCAGCUAGUGUGAAAGAGAAGCUUUACAGAACAGUAGUGGUCACUAAGGUGACUCAUUUUUCACAUUGAAAUAUCCAGUUAACUGGCUGGGGUUGUCAACUUACGACUUAUCCUGCCAAUGGAGAACUGUACUAACAGUGUUUUGUUUUCAAGUAAUGGGAAUUGAGCCACUUUUGGACUCUUUCGGCAUGAAGACUGCGUGGAUGAACAAGAGAUCUGACUUUCAAAACUGAGAUUAAUGGGUGUGGGACAGCAAAAGAAGAUGGACAUCCAUUGAAGGGCUAGAUGUCAAAUAGUUUAUUGUCUGCCAUCUUUUAUUUCUGACUCCCUCAGGGCUGUGUCGCUCAUACUCACAGCAGUAAUACCUAUGAAUGAUGAGGGAAGAGAACGCAACAUACCUAGUGGUGUUUUCCUGGUGUGUCAAGGCUAUUGACUUACUCAAAAAUACUGUAUUACAAUUUAUCUCAUGUAUAAAGCUUCUUUAAAUCCACGGGCAAAAUUAUUAGCGGCACUCAUUUUCUGUAUGUAAAUGGAGAAGACAUCUCGAAUGUCUGCUGCAUAUUUGGCUGUGAUUCUGUCCGAGCCGGCCAGCUGCUCACCAGGGCAGCAGUAAGAACGACAAGCUUUGGGGAGUUAAAGUGGUUAAGGCAGCGAUGCAGCAGAGCAGCAGUAGCAGAUGUUUGUGGCUGUGCUACAUCUGCUGCCAGACAGAGCAGAUCAGGAUGAGAGAGGACCUAUCAGGAACAGAGCAAGAGACUGUAAAAAAAAAGUGGAGCAGAUAAAAAAUAAGGUGGAACAAGGUGGGGAAGAGGCUAAAUGGAAAAGAGAUGUUAAGAUAAAAGGUUUGAUGGAGGGGACGAUUUGCAGUGGGGCAAGAAACAAGUGGAAGCUUUUUGUUGAGGAAAGUGAGAAUCUGGGUUGUGGAAAGGUGAUAGAAGAUGGAGGGAUGAUAGAGGAGGUGGUUGAUCUGUGAAAGGGGGCACCUGAACCUAUGCAUGCUGGUGGAAUAUGUACAAUAACAUGCCAGUAACAGGUGAUCAAUACAAUGCACUGAAAUGGGAUUUAAACAUCUUACUUUGAUAAAAUAUCUUAACCAGGAAUAAUCCCUCACCCUUGACGAAAGAUGAGUAAAUAACAUUUUCACCACGAAGUGAUGCUCAACAGAAAUACUUGUCUGAGAGACACUGAGACUGUGUAUUCAUGUCAGUGUUAUAAUGCCGAUAAUGUUUCUUUACAAUGUUUUCAAAUACCAAUUGUGAAGACCAUUUUUUUCUGUCGGAAGGAACAUGCUAAAUCUCUUUCAUGCCUUUCAUGUGGCAGUGUAAUCUAAAAAUUAUAAUGAAAUGAUCCAAAAUUCUACCUAUUUCUGCAAGCGCUCAGAACAGAGACCCAAGAGCUGAGUAGAGAGGUGACAUGAGAUUAAACACAAAAUGCUAUUUAUUACAAAACCAGUCUAACAAAGACAAACAGGGCGUAGUCCAGAGUCACUCAGAUGACUGGAUGACAGCGCAGGUCGAUGCUGCUAUUCAAAGACUCCAAGCCUGAAGUAACGUGUCAGGUCCGGCAGUGUUUAUUAGCGAUAGAUGCUCCCAUCUGGCUGUUUUCUCCCGACCACUAUAGAUCACUGGUGCGAUCACAUGGAUUGGCUCAAUCAAUUUGUAAUCUAAAUGUAGUCAUGUUGAGACCAUUUUGGGAGCAUGAUGUGGAAAGCAGUGAACAAUAUACUUACCGUAAUUGAGACAAACACGUUUUAACUUCUUCUUCUUAAAAAAAAACCCACAAAAAUCUUGCAGGCACAUUGCAGUUACUAUUCAGUUAAAAGGGCAACUGAGAAACUUUUCAUUCAAUGUGAGACUACACUGUUUGGUGGAGCUCUGGCAGGGCUAUUAUGCAUCGGUGAAAUAUUUACCUACCAGCACCGUGUAAUGGGGCCUUCAGUGAGCGAGAGCACUCGAUAGAAACAGCUGUCUUUGACUGCUAAGAAAGGCUGCUCAUCUAGCCUGGUGAAGUGAAUUAUUUUUUUCCGCAAUUUGCUUAGCUGUCUGGCUGUCACGCUUGUAUGGGUAGGUGUUGCCAAGUGUGGGCUGCGAUAACUGCUGCCUGACUGUUGCUGAUGAUCCAGCGGUCUUCUUUUCAUUUUCAGCCCUGAGACCUGAGAAUUUGAGUGAGUUGGAAAGGGGGUGGGACAAUAUACAACACACAAGGCUUCUUCAGACUGCUGGGUGUCACAGGUAGGGAUGGGAAUUGAGAAAAUGUUAGCAAUUUCAAUCCUCCAAAAUUUGACAUGUACCAAACCUAAAUUAAUAUAUUUUUAUAUAGAAAAACAAGCAUGUCUGCCUUCUCAGGAAGGGUACGAGAACGUUCUGGGCAUAGGGUGUCUACUUUCCCUACCCUUUCAGACGGUGUAGAGGACGUCUGUAUAUUGAAAUAUUUCUCUGACAAUGCAGAGACUUAGAUAGAGACUUAACUUACAUACAGCUUCUUCUCCGUCCUCUUCUUGUUCGUCUUGUUCUGCCUUCCUUUGAGUAUCUCCUUGGUCUGAGAGCUUUCUGGAACAGUUGGCCCGCCCCUGUUCUAAGCAGUCAGAAUGAUGUCACGUAUCCUCGCACAUUUCUAAGCUGGCAUAUGGAAUUUGCUGGUCUUUCUACAACAUACAGUGCGCGCUGCUUCUAGACUAGUGGAAGAAAAAAAAAUCAACAGAUUUCUAUUGUGUAAUGUGGAUUCAUGCAGUAGCAACUGUGACCAUGCACCCUCCUUUUCUGAAAGAAAUGGAAAGUCAUAUUCAUCUUUUGUUUCAUUGUUAGACAUAAAUUGCUUAGGUUUAAUCAUAUUUCAUUUGUGUGAUAUUUUCCUAAGUAUAAGUAACGUUCGACUUACGACCGGGAUUGGUUCCGACCAACCGCUCGUAAGUUGUAGCUGGCGUGAGGGUUAUUGGGUUAUAGGGUAAUACGGUAGUGGUAGAUGACUGUGUGAGAGUGAGCUGCUGGGAUACUGUGCUGCCGUAACUGUUGUACGUGAUGCCAGGCCGUGGUCGUAAGUACGGGUGGACGUAAGUCGAACAGGUCGUAAGUCGGAUGUUACUCGUAAUAAUAAGAUGCUUUGUGUAUUGUGCAUCGGCACCAAAACUGUAGCCUUUUUUUCUGAACUUGUUGCAGAGAGAAAAAGAAUCAUGACCAAGAACAAUACAGAAUACUCAAUGUAUUUAUAAAUGUUUGUUUUGCGUUUUUAUGAAAGGUAGAUCAUUGUGACUUGGUCAUUUACAAGUCGCUCACAAGCUGAAGAGGUCUGCCCACAUGUGAUUUAAACGUUAUAUGUCGCCCUCAAUAGUUCUGAUUGAGUUGAGACCCUCCUGUCUCCCUGCAGAUUUACUGUGACUCUUAGGCGUUUGAAAUCAACUAAAUGCUGACAAGAUACAUUAACUAUUCUUGUCAAUUUUGCUGUUUGAACAUUGGACAGUUUCUCCAGAUGCACCUGCUACAUAUGUACUGGCUUGUAUACCUGAAUGGUGACACGUCUAUUCAUUCUUCAGUAUAGGUCAUGUGUACCAACUGAAGAUGACAUUAACUUGGGGACCUUCAUAAGACACUGUGCAGAUAGAAGGCAUAACAGAAAGACCUGGGGAGGCUGUGGUAUACAGGUGAUGUUCAGUUGGUGCCCCCACGUGCCAUGACGCAACGUUUGUGACUCAUAAACACUGAGAGUCACCCUUGAUCCUGAAUUCUCUGUCAUUGAUGAUGAAUUGGCCAGUUUUCCACCCUUUUUGUGAGCUUUUUACCCCUCCAUGUACUGCUGACCAUCCUAUGGGGUCUCUUCUAACAGAUGGCUGUUGGUGAUCAAAAUGAUUGAAGGACAAAAUGACAGUUCUCAAAUUUAUAGCAAUUGAUUUUCAAAUGAACAUGUCUUCAACCCUCAAGUUCAAGGAUGUCGAGUGUCGCCGUCCACAAAGCAGUGUUUGAAAGCAGAAGCCAUUUGGAGGGAGAGUGAAAGCACUGACAGAUCAGUGUGUCGACAGAGUGAAGACCUGCACAUCCAGACACUUGAGAAAGGAUAACGGGAUACUGAUUAAAUUCGCCUGCACCAGGAAAAAGCGAAUCCUUCUGUGGGGGACAUGAUUGAUGCAUAAGUGAGGAGAUAAGCCCGAGCAUGCAACAAACUGAUCUGUCACACCGGCGAGGGAUUGCUCGUCAUAUUCCUCCGUCUGAAAAAUGUGGAAGCAGAUUCAUUUGAAAAUCUGACAUCCAGCAAAUUUAAAAUUCACUGGUGAACAAUGUGUCUAUGUCUAGAUGGCGAUGGACGUGCUGGGACUGGAUUCUGAAGCUGUUUGUAGGGAUGUCAGUGAGAGGGAGAUAACCUUGAGUCUUGCAGCCGUGACCUUUGCUCUCACUUGACAAUUUUUUUGGUGAAAGGGCAUAAAGGUCCAGACGUGGUGAUCAUGGAGUCACAGAUAUUGAUCUGCCCAGAGAUGUGUCAUCCAUGUGUGAACAUUGUGAGGGUUUCAAUGCUCUCUCCUGGGUCUCCAUACGUAUUGGCCCCCUGUCCACUUGGGUUCUUCUGAGAUCAAUCAGGUAUGAUAUGUAUUUACCCAUCACUUAGGUGCGCACGUUAAUUAAUCCUCGCUGUCCAGCACAAUGUCACGUCCAACUCCCCUCAUCUCCAGUUGACACAGAACAAGUGAUUUGGGGUUUAGAUUUUUGUUUAACAAACGCAGAGACAGUGCAGAAAGAUCAAUUCUCAUCAUCAUUUCUCUCUCUCGUGUCAUGUUCCGUUAUUACAGUAACGACAACAGCUGGUGAUUGUGCUAUACAGUUUUAUAAAAACAUUUGAUUCAUGCCCCACUCUUGUUGCUAUGGGUGCUAUUUGGCAAACAGUUUGCCUGCGACGGACCCUGGGCAGAAUGCAAGGAUGUGUCAUUUCAACGUUGUCCAUCCUCACCUUUGCUACCCUAGAGAUCCAUCAGCUGCUUUCCAUCAAUGUAGUGGACAUGACAGUGUUUGCAUCAGACUCUUUACAAGUUAGCAUUUCAUGUCGGAGGUUCUCUGUUAGUGCGGUGUUUAAAAAAUCGAUUUUCUGAUUCUGAAUCGAUUCGUACAUUAAUUCCAUAGAAUCGACUCAUAGGUCCAAAGAUCGGAUUAAUUGCAGUUUUAACACAUAUUCUCCAGGUGAAGUCCAACCCCUUUGACGCAGGGGCGCAGACAUGACACCAAAGUCAUAACAACAUGCCUCCUCACAGUGGCAACACUUGCAACGUGCCGGGUUUGAAAACGCCUGAAACGCUCAAAGCAACGGUCUAGCACCAUUUUGGGUUCAGACGCGACCAAACCAAAAAUGUGCUCGACAAAAGCAUAGCAAUUAGCAUGUUAUGCCUAAUGGAGGUAUCGGUUUGCAGUAUUGCGGAAAUACGACCUAACUCACGAAUCACGUGACGCGACAUCACCCAGAGCUCCUUUCCAAGCCAUCCACCGGGCCACAACAAAUGAAACUCAAGCAAAUUUUGCACGUUCUGUCUAAAUGAGGGCCACACUACGUUAUGGCGCCUCGCAAACGUCUGUUAUCCCAAACAUGCACCAGUCAGUAAAAGAAAACGUGAAAAGUAAGCUUCAGUCAGUAGUCAGGGUGGGUAUUACAAGUGAUACGUGGACAUCUGUGGCUUUGCAAUCUUACGCGAGUCUGACAACUCACUAUAUUGAUGAGGAGUGGAACCUCAUCCCGUACGUACUACAGUACAGUAGUAUUAAUAUGUUGCGUAACUUGUCAUGUGAUUAUGGCAACAGCUCAGAAAAUGGUUUAAACACUAACCUGAAUCGAGAUUGGAUCAGAUCGAAUUGAAUCGUGAUAAUCAAUUCUAAGUCAUGAGAAUCGGAAUCGAAUCGAUUCUUGAAAUUAGAAUCGAUUCCUAGCCCUAUUCUCUGUAGUCUGUGGCCAUUUUAAACCCCCACCAAGUUUCUUGAUUUUACAUUAAGUUCGAAGGAUUUCCCCACAUGUGUGGUAUUUCUUUCUCUUGCUGUGCAUUGAGUAGGCAGCCCUGUGGCUGUACUCUGUUCAGACAAAAUGGAUUGAAACAGUGUAUCGCUUUGAGGCUUUUAUUCCAUCAGUGGAGCAACACACACAAACACAAGAUCAGGACACUCAUUAGAAGAGAGGAAUUCACUUGUGAGACCCAACUGGCUGCUUAAUCACUAUAUUGAUGGAAUCAUGGAGUCUGGUCUUGACUUGAGGGAUGCUGAAGUAACAACAUAAAUCAAGUUGAUUAUUUCCUGUUAGGAAUAGAGUUGUGAAUGACUUGCUAAAUUUUGAUGGAAGCCACACGUAGCUAAAUCCAAUGGCAAAGAUAAAAGUCAGACUUGCAACUGAGUGACUUGGUUACUUGCGCUUUGUGAUCUGGUACAAUCUCCCAUUUCUUUGUUGAGGCUGGUGCCCCACCUGGAGUGGGAGCGAGAAAAGAUCAGAGAAUGCUGGUGUGAGAGCUCGGGGUUUGCGAGAGAGCAGAUAAAUGACUCUCCUUGGUAAUGUCUGGCUGCUUUAUGGGGUAUCCUGGUGGUGAGUGAUGGCCGUGCUCUGGUUAUCUGUCGAUUGGGGUAAUUGCUGUUUGUCGGAGUCUGGUUGACGGAUGGUGAUACAAUCUGCCCAGAGUUGGAGGGGGAGGUGAUGUAGCGCCGUACUCAUCCCUCUCCACAAGUGUCUUCACCAGGAAAAGUAUCAUCUACGACAGUAUGCAUUUAAAGGGGAGCGUGCUUGACACCAGGCCACUGCGAGUGCUUUUUCCUCCAGCCAUUCUGAUGCAUGCAACAAAUUGAUUUAAGUAACUGAAUGCUUCAUAUGUACCUGCCAUCUUUCUUUCUGUCUGACUUUAAUGACAUGAAGAAGGGGACACAACGUGUUUGUCUUAACAAGUGGUUAGAGCAGAGGUCACCAACACAGCGCCCACAUGCACCAGGCUGUAUUAGAACUGUAGUCCCGGCAUGCUUACCGGUAUAUGACUUAUUGAAAGUCGUAGAACGGAGAGAACUAGAACAUAGAAAGGUAGAAUUAGACAGUGCACUAGAAUGGACACAUCUGUGAACUUUAAGAUCGAGUGUAGGUUAAUUCAUGACAGAAAACAAUAUGCAUAUCUAGUGACAAGUGGUAAAUGGCUUUUUCUUAUGUAGCAUCCUCUACAGUAUGUUCAUCCAUCCACCCAAAGGAACCAUCAGGCACAAACAGCCUAUGACUUAGAGGCCAUCUUUUAAUCUCUCAGUGUGUGUUGUCUCUAAGGGCGCUUUCACACUGCAGGUUCUGUCUCGAGACAAAGCUCCUUCGGCUCAGAAGUCU